UGUUCUGGAUAACAUUAAUUUUUUUUGGCUGUGUUAUUAAACUGCAUUGAUUCACAGAAACGGAUUGAAACCAGUUAAAAUACGAUAAAAUAGCCUUUUAAGAAGUAUUUUAAUCUAGUGCUUUGUAACAAGUGUUUAAUUAUCUUAAAAUGUCCAACACUAGUCCUAAGUUUUGUUUUUCAUCAAAGUUUUGACUCGGAAUGUACUUAUUUUUUUAAAACCAUACAAAGGCUGAGAAGGACUACAUUAAUCUAUUGAAUUCUUUCGUGAAAAGUUGGAUAAAAGAUGAUUUCGAACUUUGACGCUUAAUUCUUGGAAUUCCGAACUACAGGAAAAAUGGUACAAUAUUCAAUGUGGAAGUCUAUUGUUUAUUUUUUAUGCAUAUGUUCUGCCCACGGUUUAGGAUGGAUCUCACCCGAAGGUGCUAUAUACAAAUUGGUAAAUCAAUCGUACAGUCUUAGCUGUACUCUUAAUCGCUCUGACCCAGAAACGGCUAAAUAUAGUAGUAAGGAUUUAAUGUUCUAUAUAAAGGAUGUUCCUGUUCCAACAGAGCAAGUUAGAAUUAUAAACGAAUCUACUAUCCAAUUAAAUGUACACAAUGCUCCAGUCAGCACAGGCAUUGCAUAUAUGUGUAAAUUGAAUCACACUAAAGGUGUUGGUAUGAGAAGUGUCAAUGUGGGCUAUAAACCAUAUAAUGUUACAAAUUUUAAAUGUCGAUCUGAAAACUGGCAGAAAAUGAAUUGCUCGUUUCAACAAGUUCACAAUCCUAUACCGACAAAUUAUAGCUUAACGUUCCGAUUUGAUACGUCGCCGGUGAGCUUUGAAUGCGACCUUGAAGGACAGUUUAACAAUACGUGGAAGUGCUCAGUUGAUAUGGAUUUAGGUUAUCGACAAUCUCACGAAAUCUACUAUUUUCUGCUGGAAUCGAAAAAUAUUUUCGGUACAAAUCGCGAGCAAUUUGUUAUAAAUAAUUUUGACAAUGUUAUACCCGAGGCUCCUUCCGAAUGCACCGUGAGCAAUUUGACUUCUACUGAUGCUGUUUUACACUGGACCAUAUCAUACAAAUUGCAGACUUUCAAACGAAAUUUUGUUUUUCAAGUUAAAAUAUUGUCUGGAUUUGAUAAUAAAGUAUGGAAAAACGUAAAUGUUGAUAAACUGUCCAGAUCUGUCAUAAAUUAUUCUCUACCAAUGCACAAUUUACCGUAUGCGGAUACCAGAUAUGACGUUCGAAUCCGUAUGAGAACAGCGACAGCAGAAGAUACUGAAGAAAUGUGGUCCAACUAUUCAAGUUGUUUAUUCAACACUCUCCCCAGACGCCCAGAUAAUCCACCAGAAGUAGCAUUAGGUGGCUUUGAAAUAAAUGUGUAUAACGAUAUUUUUGUGUACUGGAAAGAUAUACCCAAGAGCAAACAUAAUUCGGCUACUGGAUUCCAGUAUAAAAUUGUUGAAAUUAAACGAAACGGCCAUGUUAUAAGUAAUUUGACGGAGGGUCGCAACGGAAGUACCAUGAUUCAGUUUCGUAAUUUGACAGAUGGAAACUACACGUUCCUCAUACGGAGUGUUAAUAGCGAAGGCGAAUCACUUAAAGCAAGCGAACUUUUCAUUCCAAGCAAACAACAUCGCAUACCCAAACCAGAAAUUAGUAAACUGCUAUCUGAUUCAGGUCGAUACUUGUUAUCUUGGAAGCCAGUAAAUUCCUACGAGUCGAAAAUAACUUCAUACACUGUGAUUUGGUGUAACUCUAGCAGUAAUUCGCCGAAUGAUUGUAAUGGAUCAAUUAACUUUGAUUACGUUAAAGGUAAUCAAACGAGCUACGAACUGAACAAUGUAAGCUCUACAUUGAAUUUUGCUGUAUCCGCAAAUUCUGGAAAACUUUCUUCUGGAAUGGUAUGGGCUUCAUGCACUGCAACGCAGAAAAAUGACAUAGGAAAAUUGAAAAGCAUAUGGAUUCCAGCCAUGCAAUCUACGUAUAUCGAUUUAGAAUGGAAACUCGAAUGCGGUGACAGUGCCAUCGUUGAAGGAUUCAUUAUAUUGUACUGUCCUAUAAAUUCACCAAGGGAUCAAAGCUGUAAAAUUCCAGAAGAGUCUUUGAACAUUACUGUCGGAACAACUUCUUAUCGUAUAAGCAAAUUGACGCCAUAUGUUACUUACAAAAUACAAAUAGCGAUGUACUCAGCUUUCAGAAUCGGCCCACGAAGUGACCCUCUUUUUAACACCACCCUAGAAGCUGCACCUUCCCCACCAAGAGAUUUAGUUUGUAAAGAAAUAAGAAAUGAUUCCAUUAUUUUACAAUGGAAGCCACCAUUGCAAAUCAAUGGUGGAAAAAUGAACUAUGAAAUCUGGUAUAACCACCUGCACACAAAAGUGUAUACUGAAAACUAUACAAAUGAUAUGACAUACACACUUUGGAAUCUUGAACCUUAUACCAGUUAUAAAAUAUUAGUAUUAGCAUACACUAUAAGCUACUCUAAUAAGUCCAACACUAUCGAUGUUAUCACUGAGAUUGGCACGCCUGGUCAAAUGCAGCAGCCAGAAUCAAUGGAUCAGAAUGGCACAAAACUUGCUAUCGUAUGGCAACAACCUGAAAGAAAAGCUGGCUGCAUAGAGUAUUAUGAAUUGAAAACAAAAAUGAUAGCCCAAAACGAAGAAACAGUUACUAUCAACAAGGUUCUCGGAACAAGAUGUUAUUUGAAGCAAACCAUUUGCCAGCUGGCGGCUGAUAAUAAUCGAACAGACAAAUACGAAUUUUCAGUGCGAGCUGUGAACAUAAUAUUGAGCCCACAUGCUCAAAACUAUAGCCUGUGGAAUAAACUUGAUUGUCGUGAAAAAAAAUCUUACUACAUGAAUCAAUCAACGCCUAGGACACACCGCUCAUUUACUAAUUCAAUUGAAUGUGAAACACCUAACCAAGAUAGAUUCAUUGACUGGAAAAAAAUUGAUCCUUUUGCUACAGUUUUGUACGGAAAGUGGUCUAGCCCAUUGGCCCAUUGGUGUAACUAUGGACCCGACAAUCCAAAAGCUAUUAUAUUCCUGACCAUCGUUGUCUGUGUUGGCAUUGCCAGUUUGUUGAUUUGUACGUACAAAAGUUUGAAAACAAUGAAAGAAAUCAAAAACAUAAAAGUCGUGUUACCUGAUGCACUGAAUGAUAUCGUUAGUUUAGAUAAGUCUGAUAUUUCAAGAGAAGAUAGUAUUGCAAAUGGCCAUGACAAUUUCAACGGAUUACUCGAAAAAGUACAACAAGAGGAUUCUCUUUUGCCUUUCUCCAAUAAUGGUCGACAUAUUUCGAAUCAUGUACCAACUCUGGAUGAUACUACAAGCCUCGAUUACACUGAAGAGAAUAUGGAUUCCGAAGGCGGAGGAGCAAAUGAGGAAGAUUUUCUCUCUCUUGGAUAUGACAAACAGCAAUUCGAUCGAGAAUCGGAAAACGACAUGUAUAUUUCAACUCCACCUUUGAAACCAGAGAAAGUUCAGAGUAACCAUCGUAACUUCAGUAAUACGGGAUAUGUUUUAUCGCCUGCAACAAAACCAUGCACGAAUGGCUACGUCGAGGCACCGCUUAAGAAGCCAAUCUAUUCGAAUUACGCUCAACCUAGUACUUUGAUGAGUGUACAAAACAAUACUGUUUCUAAAAUGCCCAUAAUAGUUUCUACAGCUACUGAUGGAAUUUCAGGUUAUGUGACACACAAACAACUUUCUGAUUAUGGUCAUAAGCUUCAAUAAAACAAAUUUCGUCCAAGGCAUUUUAAAUUUUAAAUAUAUACGUACAUUUUUGUGUCA